ACACUUCUGCAGCUUUAAGAAUGUCUCAACCAAGAGGAUUCGCUGGCAUGUUUGGCAGUGCUGUGGCCAAAUUCACUGACGUUCGCCCUUUAGAUUCAGAGAACACCGGCAUGGCAGAAGCUGGACGAAAAGCUGGAGGAAAAGCCGACAGAAUUACGAGAAAAGCCCGAAAACAACAGCUUGCCAAACGUCCGUCGAAAGGCGGCGCAGCCCUAAUGUCAGACGAUAUUGAAAUGAAAGGAACAAAGCCCACUGGCAGAGGAAAAUUCAGAAGAGCAACGUUCACCAGAGACGUCGUGCAUGGAGCCAAAGAACCAAAAGAAGUAGUGAUUACCGGUUGGGCUGAAGGAACAGAACAUAACUUGAUCUCAUUUCUACAGCAGAAAUCAAAAACGCCAUUUGCAACACUUGCAGUCCAAAUUUUAGAUGGAUCUCUACAUAUCAUGGUGGAAAAUAUUGUUAUUGCUAAGAAAAUCCAGCGUUUGACGGGCUAUGCCUAUGAAAAUCGUCAGCUUUCUAUUUUCGUUGUAAAUGAUGAUCCGUCUUUGAUUGAAGAAGGCACUGGAAAGAGUACUGUGGAUGUUCUACGCUAUUUCUUGUCUAGACGGUGGAACGCGGAUUCGAAAUAUCUCAAUCUAGAAGCUAUAGCGGAUGAUGCCAUCCUGCAAGAUGCUGGCAUCGAGCCUCUUAAAAAGGAUGACUCCAACAAUGUGGGAUCAGCUCUUAUGAAGCUAGCGGGGGAGAUGUUUCCUGAGGUUAUAACGAUAUCGUUUGCUCGAAAUCAACUUGAAAAGUUGAAGCCGUUUUCUCUUUUGGCAAAAUUCAUACCCAAUGUACAGCAUAUUUCUUUCCAGCAAAAUAAUAUUAAUAACGUCAAUCAGCUGAGUUUACUUAGUGGAGGAGGAGGUAAACUGGCACAGCUCAAAGAGUUAAUUCUUACCGAGAAUCCCUUCCGAGAGAAGUUUCUCCAAAAGGAUGCUACCGGCGCGACAUAUACAAGUGAGGUCGUAAAACUAUUCCCAAAUCUUCAAAUCUUAGACGGAGUUAUGAUACACAACGAGAAACAACAGCAAGAUUUACCAAUACCAUGCUUAGAAGGGUUCACAGACAGCGACCCAACACGAAUUCUGUCUGAAGCGUUUGUCGAAAUGUUUUUUGAAGCCUUUGACAGCAACCGUAGUCUCUGUGGAAACAUGUAUGCUCCAGACGCCGUAUUCUCUGUGACAACGAAUAUGAAAUUGGCUUCAUCUAAGGCGCUGACGAAGCAGGAACGACAGGCUAUGAAGAAGAAUGAUGUAGGCACGUGGGAGUCAUUUCAUCAUAAAGCUACAUCAGCCAAAACGAAAGCGCUGAAGAACAUUUGCUGUGGCCAACCCAUGAUAACUGAAGUGUUGCCAAGGCUACCCACGACAAAACAUAACCUUAAUAGGAAGGAGUUAUUGGUGGACGCAUUUGUAAUUAAUGUUAUACCGGGAUUUGCCAAUGCCUUGCAGCUUAGCAUUCAUGGUGAUUUCACUUCAGAACAACCAAUCAAAAAGACGUAUUCUUUUGACCGAACACUCCUUAUUGCUCCUUCUCCUCCAGGCUCAACGUCACAAAUGUAUAACGUCCCUUUUAUUAUUCUGAAUGACCAGCUUUGUGUACGAGACUAUUCCAAUCCGGACAAGUGGCGCCUUCAGACGUCGACACGUAGCAUUGCUGAGGUCGACGUGAAGCAACAGAUGGUUGCUGAAGUUCAAAAGAUGACGGGACUGAAGACGGAAUUUGCCACUCAGUGUCUUGAAGAAAAUGGAUGGGACGUUCAACAAGCAUUUACAUCGUAUCAACAGCUUCAGGCCUCGGGAACCAUACCAGCUGAAGCAUAUCUAGGUUUGUGAGAGGGGAUUCCGGAUAUAGCAAUUCCCUCCAAACUCGAUAGCCAAUAAAAAAAGCCAAGUUUGCCAAGUUUGCCAACGCUUGGAAAACGCGA